AAACAAAGUAUAGCCGACAGAAAGGGACCGACAGGAGCCGGGGAUCUAGGACUCUGGUGGAGAGACUUGGACAGGGCCAGUGGGGCGCAAGCUGAACAGAUGGUUCCUCCUGCUCCGGACUUCGGCCUCUCAGUCUCGCCUUGAAAAGAGUUGUGUGCCCCUCACUCUUCUCUUUGUCCCUUCACCUACGCCUCUUGACUGUUGUUACUUUCGUGUCUUCGUUGCCCUGCUCUAAUUCCUGGAUUUUCCUUGCAACACAAUGGCCCCUCAACUCCACCGCAAUCCCCCUUUUCGUGCUGAGCACCUGGGUUCUUUACUCCGAACAGAUGAUCUCUUGAAGACCAAAAUUGCUUUCGAGAAGGGCGAAGCCUCCAAGGCUGAGCUGGAUGCCAUUGAGAACAAAGACAUCAAGGAUGUCGCGGAAACGCAGAAGAAACUAGGCUAUGCUGCCAUCUCUGACGGAGAGUACCGCAGACACAUGUUCUGGGGUACUUUCUUCCCUGGCUUAGAAGGAUUCGACGAAGUGACUGAGUUCGACGCUGAUAUUUUCCGUCCGUAUGCGCCUGAUGUCGCUGCUUUCCUUGAGGCCGGCCACAAGCCCGGAGAGACCGUCCUGUGCACCGGCAAGAUCAAGCACGUUGGCAGCACCUAUGUCGAUGAGUUCAAGUACCUGGCCAGCGUAGUUCCUGCCGACGAAGUCAAGAACUUGAAGAUCACCCUCGCUGCUCCCAACUGGUACCACUUGCGGUACAAGGAGGGCAAGGCCUACCCCAAGGAUGUCUACAGUUCUGAUGAGGAAUACUUUGGCGACAUCGCCAAGGCCGUCCAGGCUGAGCUGCAGAUCCUGUAUGACGCUGGUUGCAGAAAUGUUCAGUUCGACGACCCCAACCUGGCUUACUUCUGUUCCGAGAAGAUGCUCGCUGGCUGGAAGGAAGAUCCCCUGAACGUGCGCUCCGCUGAUGAGACCUUCGAGCAGUACAUCAAGCUGUACAACGACUGUGUCGCCAAGCGUCCCGCUGACAUGCACAUCGGUGUCCACCUUUGCCGUGGUAACUUCGUCGGCAGCCGUCACUUCUCCGAGGGUGGCUAUGACCGCAUCGCCACCAAGCUCUUCAAGGAGCUCAACAUUGACACCUACUACCUCGAGUAUGACACACCCCGUGCCGGUGGCUUCGAGCCCCUGAAGGAGCUCCCCACCCACAAGAACGUGAUCCUGGGUGUCGUGACCAGCAAGUUCGCCAAGCUCGAAGACAAGGAGGAGAUGAAGAAGCGCGUGUACGAUGCUGCCAAGUUCAUCGCCGAAGGCAACAAGAUCUCCCUGGAGCAGGCCCUCAAUCAGGUCGGCGUCAGCCCUCAGUGCGGCUUCGCCAGUCACAGAGAGGGCAACGCCAUCGACCGCGACGGUAUGAUCGCCAAGCUGAAGCUUGUCCGUGAGAUCGCCGACGACAUCUGGCCCGGUCAGCUGUAAAUAAACCAAAAGCAACCCUCAACCCAACCAGGAGUCCUUUACACAAAAGAAGGCUCCGACUCCAGUCGAUUUCAACAAUGAGCGUGGA